CACUUGUUUAUACUCUCUCUACUUUUUAACCUUGCUCCCAAAAACCCUACAAUGCCUUUUGAUCCUGCAUGGCAGCCAUUGGUGGACAAGAAACGAGCAGAUCUCAAAGCCAAGAUUCCACAAGAAUGGACGCUUCCAAAGGACAUUACUGACCAGGUCAGCCACACUGCCAGAAUUAGUGCCUUUGAUCUGCUCCGCGAGAGCAACAUUCUUAGUGAUCGGGAGAAAGACAUCACUGAGAAUCAUACAGCAGCCGCACUCAUCCAUCAAAUGUCUUGUGGCGCAAUAACAUCUUUAGAAGUCACAACGGCGUUUUGCAAGCGGGCUGCGAUUGCUCAACAACUGACAAAUUGCUUGACGGAAAUUUUCUUCGAAAAGGCGUUGGCACGCGCGAAGCAAUGUGACGAGUAUCUAGCUAAAGAAGGAAGACCAAUUGGGCCCUUCCACGGUCUCCCUAUCAGUCUGAAGGAUAUGCUGAUGUACGAAGGAGAGUUUGCCUGCCUGGGUUUCGUUUCAUUCCUCAAGAAACCAGCUGCCGCCAAGAACUCUUUCAUUGUCGAUAUGCUUCUCGAUGCUGGAGCGGUUCUGUACGUCAAGACCAACGUUCCACAAACGCUGUUUGUCUGCGAGUCGUACAACAAUGUUUUUGGCCAUACGAUGAACCCAUACAAUCUUUCACUUACAGCUGGUGGAAGCAGUUCUGGAGAGGGUGCGAUUGUUGGAUUUCGAGCUGCUCUUCUUGGGGUUGGUAGCGACAUUGGAGGCUCUAUUCGCGUGCCAGCCUUAGUCAAUGGCGCGUACGGCUUCAAGCCAAGUUCGAAUCGACUCCCAUGGGGCGGACAGCAAGAGCUCAUUCCGCAAGGUUGGCCAGGCACGCUUCCUACUCUAGGACCUCUAGCAGUGUCUGCGGAGGAUCUGACACUGUUCAUGAAGGCUUUACUCACCGCAAAGCCAUGGACUAUCGACUCCACGGCCCAUGCCAUUGCAUGGAGAGAUGUUCCAAAGAAAUCGUGCUUACGAAUUGGAGUCUUUUUCGAGGAUCCCCUCGUCCCCGUCCAUCCACCGGUCAAGCGUGCGCUGAAAAUCGCAUCUGAGAAGCUAAAGGCUGCAGGACACGAGAUCACAAUGCUCCAAACGAUUCCAGACAUGCUCAAUGGAAUCAAAGCUGUCUCAAGAGGCUUUGAACUAGACACAAAUCAUGCAGCAAUGGAGUUUCUCGCAGCUGCUGGAGAGGAACCCAUUUGGCCGUUGAUCGAACACGCGCAAAACUCUGUCCUGGAAAAGCGAGACGGAUUUGAUCUAAGCGAUGUAUGGAGAUUCAACCGUGAACGGGAAGAUUACACUGAGGAGUGGGGUAAGAUUUGGCGCGAGAACUCUCUCGAUGUUGUGCUUUGCCCAGCAUACAAGGGAGUGGGGGCACUUCACGACCAAGUGAAGAUGCCUCAUUACACCGUAAUCUGGAACUUGCUUGAUUUUCCUGCAAGCGUUAUACCCUUCUUGAAAGUUGACCCGGAGGUAGAUACAGAGAAAGUCCCUGGGUUUAACAUUGAUGACGUCAAGGGUGUACCCGCACACGUGCAAGUUGUGGGCUGGCGAUUUCAGGAUGAGGAGGUUCUUAUGGCAACCCAGAUCAUUUCCGAUGUUCUAUCUGCCUAGACUCAUCUGCUGAAGUCGCAAUCUAUGCAAACUCGAGUCUACUGUUGUAGAUCAGUUCGUCGUAGGAAAGCAUUGGGUGCGCAGGAUGGGGACCCGUCUCGCUGCAUAGGAUCUCUCGACGUAACUACGUGCUGAGUCGUGUGUCUUCGUUUCGCGUUUGAUUGGUGCAUGACUCGAAGUCUUGACGAUCUUACUCCGACGCGCCGAGCUGAACGGCAUCGGCUGUGCGACAGAGUCAUCGUUAGGUGAUCAAUUACGCAGCUUUACGG